UUUUUAGAAUGUUAUUCCAUCUAAAACUCUUGAAAUCAAGGAAUCAGAAUAUCUCAAAACUAUAAGCAAAUCUUGAUUUUGGAGGUUUGAUUACUUUGUUUUUGAGUGAUAAGGGGAUGGAAAAAGUGAUGAACAUAUUGAAUCCGAAACCCAACCCUCAACAACUCUUGAGGGAAUGGCAGCGUCGCCUUCGCCAAGAGUGUCGCAACAUCGAGCGCCAAAUCCGAGAUAUACAGAGAGAAGAAAAGAAUGUACAGAAAGCCAUUAAAGAAGCUGCGAAGAGGAAUGAUAUGGGGUCUGCUAAGGCACUUGCUAAAGAAGUUGUGAGAUCUAGAAAAACUGUGAACAGGCUGUAUGAGAAUAAGGCACAGCUUAAUUCAAUAUCAAUGCACUUGGGAGAAAGUGUUGCCAUUGCUCGCACGGUGGGACAUUUGUCCAAGAGUGCUGAAGUUAUGAAGCAUGUGAAUAAUCUUAUGAAGGCUCCACAAAUGGCUAUUACAAUGCAAGAGUUCAGUAAAGAAAUGACCAAGGCUGGUGUGAUUGAGGAGAUGGUGAACGAUGCUGUGGACAACGCGCUGGAUUCUGAAGACAUUGAAGAGGAAACUGAAGAAGAAAUAGACAAGGUGUUGACGGCGAUUGCUGGUGAGACUGCUGCAGAGCUACCCGAGGCUGUCAGAAAGGAAAAAUUAAAGCAACCAGCCCAAUCAGUAGACGAUGCUGAGGGUGCUGAUGACGAAGAAGAGCUAGAAGAACUAAGAGCACGCCUUGACAAAGUCCGUUCUUAUUUCACAAUGUAAUCAUAUCUGUAACAUGAAGCACGGACUCACCCUUUGUCUGUCUGGUACGCUGCUGCUAUAUCCCUCCCAUUCAUGAAAUAGUUUCUGUAUCAUAGAGAUCGGCCCGUUUGAACUCAUGAGAAUCAAAAUUUGAUCUAUCAUUGGCUAUCUUAUCAGAAAAGCUACAGUGUUGGUCUGUGUAUAUUCUCGCAACAAUUCUUCGUUGCAUACAUACUUUAUGUUCAUGACAAUAAUAGAUUUGCUUGAAACGAGACGAGUAUUAUCAUGAUG